AUGUUCUCCAAUCGACCUAUUCAGACAAACGAUAUCGAUUCCGCACCUCCGUUGGAUGAGGUAGGGCCGCGGCGGGUGCAGCGGCCGUUGCCACCUGGGCAUGUGCGCACCAGUAGAAUAUAUCACGACUACACGGACCCAACCGAACCCGAGAUCGACGAGUUUGGGUUCCAGAAUUGGUUUGGUCCCGGUGAUAAUGAUUUUGGUUAUCCCGAGCCACAAUAUCGUGAUCGUACCAAAGGUGGUAGGUAUCCCAAGCCAUAUGAUGGGCGUAAAAAAGGUGGUAAUUAG